AUGGUGUCACUCUUAGAAAGAAGAGAUUCCGAUCUGAGUGAUCAGGAAAUCCCCUUUAUAGAUCUUGACGUAUUUGAUGAUACUGCUUAUAAAAAUACAACUACUUCAUAUACUAAAGAUUCUUAUGUAUAUCGAAUUAAAAAGUUCUUUAAUGAUAAAAUUGAUAAACAUCCAUUGGAACAAUCUUACCUUACUAAAUUAGAUUUCUUUUUAAUGACUUCAAGUAUGUUGGGAUAUUUCAUAAAGAAUUUAAAUCAAUAUAAUAUAACUUUAGCAUAUAAUAAUGGUAUGAAUGAAUAUUAUAAUAUGGAUAAAAAUCAAUUUAAUUAUUUAUUAUCAAUAUGGACUAUUGGAUAUAUUGUAGGACAAAUUCCUGCCAAUUAUUUAAUUCAUAAUAAUUUAAUUAAUUUCAGAUAUUUCUUAGGUUCUAUACAAUUUGCCUGGAGUUUAUUAGCAAUUUUACAAUAUAAUGCUGCAUCAUUAAAUGAAUUUUAUUUAUUAAGAUUUAUAUUGGCAAUAUUAGAAGCUCCAUUAUUUAUUUCAUUAGAAUAUUUAUUAGGUACUUGGUAUUCAUCUACUGAACUUAGUAAAAGAUCAACUUAUUUAGCUAUAAGUUCAGGUAUAGCAUCAGUAAUUGCUGGACCUUUACAACAAUUAAUUAUUGAAAUAAGUAAAGGUUCUGAUUUACCACCAUUCAAAUUAAAUUUCUUAAUGGAUGCAAUUAUAAGUUUACCUAUAGCAUUAUUUACAAUGAUAGCCAAUCCUAAUUUACCAACAAAUACCAAUAAUUGGUAUUGGAAUGAAACUGAUAAAUUAAUUGCAUUAGAAAGAAGAAGGAAAUCAGGAUCUAAUGUAUCAAAACCACAUAAUAAUAAAUCAACAAGUUCAUAUAAGUCUUAUUAUAAGAGAUGGCAAAUUUGGAUAUUCCCCUUAAUGUUUUGGGCUUUCAAUAAUGGUGGUCAUGUAAAUGGUCAACCUACAUUAGUUAGUUGGAUGAAAAUUGAUUUAGACCUACCAUCAAGAUAUUAUAAUCUUAUACCAUCAAUUAUUCAUUUCAUUGGUAUAGUAGCUGCCAUGUUUGUAGGAUAUUUAAAUGAUUAUUUGGGGGGAACUUAUAAUCAUGUGUUCUUAAAGAUAUAUUUUAGUUGUAUGGUGAUUGGAUGUCUACUAUUAAGUUACUGGGAUUUACCCCUUUGGCUUCAUUGGUUUUCUUAUUUCUUAAUUGGAAUACCUGGUUCUUGGGGUCAACCUCAAAUUUAUAGUUGGAUAAAUCGUAUUAUGGUAAAGGAUGAUUCAUUUAGAAGUUUCUUAAUUACAGUUACAAACACAUUAGCAUAUAUAAUAGGAAGUAUUACCCCAAUAUUUGUAUUUAAUACUAAAUAUCAACCAAGAUAUUUUAUAGGAUUCAUGUAUACUGCUUGCUUAACAUUCUUUGGAUUAAUCAUGACUUAUGCAGCAGAUAGUUUUACAAAGAGAGAUGAAGAACGAGAAAAAUACAAGGCUGUAGUUGAAGUAGAGUUAUAA